UUAUCGUAGUAAUCAAAUCCUCAUCAUCAUGUAUCUCACGUCAAUGUAAAUAUUGUUGUUGUGUCUCAUCAACUAAUUGGAUUAAUAAUAACAAUCAUCAUCAUCAUAAUCACCGUAAUCGUAAAUCAAAUCAUAAAUUUAACAAACACAACAAUGGAUUUAAUAAAUUUGUUAAUCAUAAAUCAUCACAAUCUUCAUCUUCAUCAUCGUUAUCAUUAUGGUUAACAUCAUUAACCAAACAUAUUCAAUUUAGUGUUGGUGAAAUUUUAAUCAAAAUUAAAUCUUCAUUAAAAUUAACUGGAUCAACUAUUGAUGAUAAUAAUCAACGAAAACAACAUUAUUGUAACAGUUUAACCAAAAUUUAUCUCAUCAUCAUUUUAAUCACUUUCAGUGUUUAUGCUAAUUCAAUUCCUGGUGAUUUCGUUCAUGAUGAUAUUGAGGCGAUUGUCCGAAACCCGGAUGUAAUUGGAACCAACAAUUGGUCAGCAAUUUGGUUAAAUGAUUUCUGGGGUCGCCCAAUGUCCGAUCCCUUGAGCCAUAAAUCAUAUCGACCCUUGACCAUCCUAACAUUCAGAUUGAACAUGAUGCUCAAAAAAGCAAAUGGACUUUCGAGUAUUUCUUGGCAUUUUCGACUGGUCAAUGUAAUUCUUCACGUAAUGACCACCACACUGAUCAUGUAUAUUGCACAUUCAAUACUAAAUUGUACCAAUCAAAUGUCACUUUUAAUUUCACUUCACUUUGCCCUUCACCCGAUUCACACUGAAGCUGUUUCAAGUAACGUUGGAAGAGCUGAUAUCCUGUGUUGUAUAUUUUCAUUGAUAACGUUAAUCAUUUUCACCAGAGCUGUGAAGUUUAUGCUGGAAGAUAAAAGUAAUCAAAGGAUGAUAGUCUAUCUCUUUUGGUCUUGCUUAUCAUCCACUUUGGCAUUACUUUCAAAAGAAACUGGAAUCAUGAUUCUACCGAUUUGUACUCUCUAUUAUAUCUUCAAAUUGUCCCAAUCAGGGUCACUGAUCAUAACUCGGAAAGGAAUCAACUUGUCCUAUUGUAAUCAACCUGAUGGAAAUUUAUCUUCAUCAAUUUAUUACACUGAAAGUAAAUCAAAUUAUUCAUCUUCCUCAUCAUCAUCGCGAUCAUCAUCUCCAACACCAUCAACAUCAUCCUCAUCAUCAUCAACCUCCUCCACAUCAUCAUCAUCAUCAUCUUUCAAUCCCUGGUUAUAUGGACCAAUAUUAAUACCUACGAUCAUGACUUUAGCCUUACUUUGGUUUCGAAUCUCAAUGUUACAUGGAACUCUACCAAUUUUUUCUCGGCAAGAUAAUCCCGCUUCUUUUUCAAAUUCCAUGUUAACAAGAUUCUUGACUUAUUCUUACCUUUGUGCUUUCAACUUUCGUCUACUUUUGUGUCCAUCACGUUUAUCUUAUGAUUGGCAAUUGGGAAGUAUACCUUUGGUCAACGAUCUAAUUGACGGGCGAAACUUGGAGACACUGGUCACUUUCAUCUCCACCAUUGGAAUCAUUAUUAUAAGCGGAAAAUUUAUUCUAACCCAAUCUUGUUCUUGGUUUAGACCAAAGGUUAACCCGGAAGUAAAAUCAAUUCUUAUUUUUGAUAAAACAUUUUCACAAAAUACUAGAAAAUCAUAUAUGAAAAAUUCAUCCUCAUCAACCACAUGUAAUUGCAUGGUGAUGGAGUUUACAUCAAGCCCAACACCGAGUCCACCACCAACACCAUCACCACCUUCACUGACCAAUGUAAAUAGCAAUCAAUUAAUACAAACCAAUAGAUCUGAUCAUCAUGAAGUUAUUUUCAUGGGCUUAUGCUUCAUGAUAUUACCUUAUCUUCCCGCCUCGAACCUUUUGGUGACCGUUGGUUUUGUUGUCGCUGAACGUAUAUUAUAUUUACCAAGUGUCGGAUUUAGCUUGCUAAUCAUAGCGGGAUAUGAUCUGAUUAAACAACAGAUUCAAACUAGAUCAAGAUUUAAUCAGGUUAAUCUAUCAAAGUGGCUUACAAUUGCUUUCCAUAGUGUCCUAAUUGCUUUCAUGGUGAAAACAAUUUCUCAAAAUUGUCUAUGGCAAAAUCGAGCCUCACUUUUCACAGCUGGACUAUUGGCUGCCCCUGAGAAUGCAAAAAUGCAUUACAAUUAUGCAAACUUACAGAAAGACAUAGGAAACAACGAGGCUGCAGUUUAUCAUUAUCGUGAAGCAUUAAGACUAUGGCCAACCCAUGAGAGCUCUUGGAACAAUUUAGCUACCCUGUUACCUGAUCCGGAAGAAGCUGAAUAUCACUUAAUCCAAGCUCUUAAAAUUAAUCCAUACCAUCCAAAAGCUCAUUUUAAUCUCGCAUGUAUAUACAGUAAAAAAGGUUUAACCAGUCAGGCGAUUAAUUUACUUCAACGAAGCAUUGAAUUGGAUUCCAAUUUUCCUGAACCUUAUUCAUCGUUGGCAACAAUUUACGCUGAGAAGGGUUUACAUGGGUACGCUCAAUCGUUACAUGAAAAAUCACUCAAACUUUUAUCCUUAGCGAAUCAAUUUGAAUAUUAAUAAAUAAAAAAAAAUAUUAACAGAGAAAAAAGUAAAAUAAAAUAAAAACUUUACCUCUUUUCAUAUUGAGAA